AUGGAGAGCUCCAGAGAGAACCAGCAGGACCUCUUCUCCCAGCUGUCCAAGUCCCGUAAGAGGAGCAAGGAGGGUGGGGAGGACCCACAGGCCACCCCAGACUCCAAGAGUAGCAGAACUGAGCACCCCACCCACAGCAUGAAAUGUUAUGUAUGUGUUUGUUUUUCAUAUUUGCCAUGUUUUGGAAUGAGUUUGAGUAUUUUUGGUAAGAAUUUGUAUAAAUGUCUUACCUGUUCUUUAACGCUUGAUUGUCUGUGCGUGUUUUAUUUUUUAUGACGUAUUGCUAUGUGCAAUCAAAUAAAAGUUGCCUAACGAAAAAACAGGUAACUGCCAAAAUAAAGGAAACAACAUAAAGCGUUUUAACAGUGCUUUGGGCCACCACGAGCCGCCAGAACAUCUUCAAUGCACCUUGGCAUAGAUUCUACAAGUGUCUGAAACUCUAUCGGCGGUAUGCAAUACCAUUCUUCCACGAGAAAUUCCAUAAUUUGGUGUUUUGUUGAUGGUGGUGGAAAAUGCUGUCUCAGGCGUCGCUCCAGAAUCUCCCAUAAGUGUUCAAUUGGGUUGAGAUCUGGUGACUGAGACACAUGCACACGCACACACACACACUUUAAACCCCUGCUUCUUUGAGACCCCUCUUUCAAAGUCAGUGAGAUCUCUUCUUCCAGCCAUGGUAGCCAAAAUAAUGGGCAACUGGCCAUUUUUAUACAUGACCCUAAGCAUAAUGGGAUAGUAAUUGCUUAAUCAAUCAAUCAAAUGUAUUUAUAAAGCCCUUUCUACAUCAGCAGUUGUCACAAAGUGCUUAUACAGAUGCCGAGCCUAAAACCCCAGAGAGCAAUGAAGAAACCUAGAGAGGAACUAGGCUCUGAGGGGUGGCCAGAGUAGUUAAGGCCAGAUCGUUCUUCAAGAUGUUCAAACGUUCAUAGAUGACCAGCAGAGUCAAAUAAUAAUCACAGUGGUUAUAGAGGGUGUAACAGGUCACCACCUCAGGAGUAUAUGUCAGUUGGCUUAAUUAACUCAGGAACCUCAUCUGUGUGGAAGCACCUGCUUUCAACAUACAUUGUAUACCUCAUUUACUCAAGUGUUUCCUUUAUUUUGGCAGUUAACUGUGCAUUGGCAAUAGGCUAUACUACAGUUUGCAAGGUUAGAGCAAGAAUGUAUAUAAGCUGCAAGAUUACUAAAACUGAUAUGAAUUAUUCUGUGUAAGAAGUCUCAUUCUCACAUCCUAAUGGUAAGACAAGAAUGCUUGGGUUGAAAGGUCCUGAUCUGGAAGGGUUGGCAUAUGAAAGACCCUCUCUUACCUCUUACGAUCUGUCUUCCGUAUGUAUGGACCCUACAUCAUAGGUCAGAGGUCAACCAUGACCACAUACAGUACCAGUCAAAAGUUUGGACACACCUACUCAUUCCAGGGUUUUUCUUUUUUUUUACUAUUUUCUACAUCGUAGAAUAAUAGUGAAGACAUCAAAACUAUGAAAUAACACAUAUGGAAACAUGUAGUAACCAAAAAAGUGUUAAACAAAUCAAAAUAUAUUUUAUAUUUCAGAUUCUUCAAAUAGCCACCCUUUGCCUUUAUGACAGCUUCGCACAUUCUUGGCAUUCUCUCAACCAGCUUCACCUGGAAUGCUUUUCCAACAGUCUUGAAGGAGUUCCCACAUAUGCUGAGCACUUGUUGGCUGCUUUUCCUUCACUCUGCGGUCCGACUCAUCCCAAACCAUCUCAAUUGGGUUGAGGUCGGGGGAUUGUGGCGGCCAGGUUAUCUGAUGCAGCACUCCAUCACUCUCCUUUUUGGUAAAAUAGCCCUUACACAGCCUGGAGGUGUGUUGGGUCAUUGUCCUGUUGAAAAACAAAUGAUAGUCCCACUAAGCCCAAACCAGAUGGGAUGGCGUAUCACUGCAGAAUGCUGUGGCAGCCAUGCUGGUUAAGUGUGCCUUGAAUUCUAAAUAAAUCACAGACAGUGUCACCAGCAAAGCACCCCUACACCAUAACACCUCCUCCUCCAUGCUUUACGGUGGGAAAUACACAUGCAGAGAUCAUCCGUUCACCCACACCACGUCUCACAAAGCCAGAGCGUUUGGAACCAAAAAUCUCCAAUUUGGACUCCAGACUAAAGGACACAUUUCCACUGGUCUAAUAUCCAUUGCUCGUGUUUCUUGGCACAGGCAAAUCUCUUCUUCUUAUUGGUGUCCUUUAGUAGUGGUUUAUUUGCAGCAAUUCGACCAUGAAGGCCUGAUUCACACAGUGUCCCCUGAACAGUUGAUGUUGAGAUGUAUCUGUUACUUGAACUAUGUGAAGCAUUUAUUUGGGCUGCAAUUUCUGAGGCUGGUAACUCUAAUGAACUUAUCCUCUGUAGCAGAGGUAACUCUGGGUCUUCCAUUCCUGUGGCGGUCCUCAUGAGAGCCAGUUUCAUCAUAGCGCUUGAUGGUUUUUGUGACAGCACUUGAAGAAACUUUCAAAGUUCUUGAAAUGUUCCGUAUUGACUGACCUUCAUGUCUUAAAGUAAUGAUGGACUGUUGUUUCUCUUUGCUUAUUUGAGCUGUUCUUGUCAAAAUGUGAACUUGGUCUUUUACAAAAUAGGGCUAUCUUCUGUAUACCCCCCCAUACCUUGUCACAACACAUCUGAUUGGCUCAAACGCAUUAAGAAGGAAAGAAAUUCCACAAAUGAACUUUUAAGAAGGCACACCUGUUAAUUGAAAUGCAUUCCAGGUGACUAUCUCAUGAAGCUGGUUGAGAGUGUGCAAAGCUGUCAUCAAGGCAAAGGGUGGCUAUUAGAAGAAUCUCAAAUAUAAAAUAUAUUUGGAUUUGUUUAACACUUUUUAGGUUACUUUAUGAUUCCAUAUGUGUUAUUUCAUAGUUUUGAUGUCUUCACUAUUAUUCUACAAUGUAAAAAUAAAGAAAAACCCUUGAAUGAGUAGGUGUGUCCAAACUUUUGACUGGUAGUGUAGCUACCAGUGUCACAUCCAGGAAAAUACUCAGAUCGCAUAGCGAUUAGAUAGCUCACCACAAAGUGUCAGGCAUGGGUGGACAACACCAGACACGCAAGCUAACAUUGUUCUAACUUUACCCCAUUUGGUUGUGUGUGUGUGUGUGUGUGUGUGUGUGUGUGUGUGUGUGUGUGUGUGUGUGUGUGUGUGUGUGUGUGUGUGUGUGUGUGUGUGUGUGUGUGUGUGUGUGUGUGUGUGUGUGUGUGUGUGUGUGUGUGUGUGUGAGUGAGUGAGUGAGCGAGAGAGCGAGAGAGCAAGUGAGUGAGAGAGCGAAAGAGUGAGAGAGCACAAGAGCAAGAGAAAGAGAACAGCAAGGCCUGAAAGUGCUCUGUCAUUCUCUUCAAUAAAGCAUCAUCUAUAUAUGCACAUGUUCUAUCUUCUCUCUGGGGUGAUACAUUCCAAAAGGCCCCCCUACAUUAAGCUUAAGUCAUAUAUUAAUUAAUUAAUUAACUGAACAACCCUAUAACUUUUUAAACGCCUGUCAACCCAAGCACCCUGUAUGAUCUUCCUCUUCUUAAUUAAGCGUCAGAAGGUUUGUUGUUAUCUUAUUAAUAUGGAAGCUUGUCAUGUGAGUGUAUUUAUUAUGUUGACAAAUACAUAUGUUUGACAACACAAUGCUGUGUCAGUGGACAUAUGAGUGACAGCAAGAAUAACCCUGGCUGGUAAAGGUUUGGUCACCGUUCACUUUUACAACAACCCCAAAGCUCCGUCCCCCUCGCCCAAUUCGGAGAGACUAAAAAUAAAGAUAAGUGUCACAACUGUUAUGGCGCCCCAGGGCCAAUCGUCAACCCUCUUCUCUUAUGUUACCCAAUGUUGUUGCGUCUCGCUAUCUCCGUCAGAUUAGAGAAUACCCAUCCUGCAGUUGUAUAUGGUCAUGACAGGGGCAUUCCUGGGAGUCCAGGGGCCUGACGCGAGCUUCAGGGGUGCGGAGCUUUUUAAACCCCUGUCCUGCCUAGAGCUUCAUUUAGCUACUCAAGUGUAACGGACAUCACCAAGCCGGAUGCCACCGCCGACUUCGUAGGGCUACUAGCGGUCCCGUCCUGUCCUCUCCACAGACAACGCGUUCAUCUUUCUAGUCUAUUCUUCUUCCGUGCCAAGGUGUCUAUUCGGAUGCAGCUACCACUUUUUUCACUUCUCUGAUCAAUUAAAAUCCAGGGGACCGUCCACGUUGGAAACGAUAAACGGAUUAUUUAAUUCAUCAUCCCACUGACAGAGUGCUUGGUUUGACAAGCUCCACUCCCAUCACAAGUACAAUCGAAAAUCUCGCCUACCUUUUUAAAAAUCUUCUCCAAGUUUUACAACUUUUUUCACGGCCAGUGCGCAAGCUUGGCACUGGCCCGCAAAAAACAUUUUUUAUUUCUUUUCGCGCUCCCUUGCGUGCCGUAACGUUCACACACUGGCCCCACUGAUUGUGGUAUAAAAAAGGGCACGGAAACCGACAACAUGAUGAGCAACAAUACCUACUACGAGCAGCAGCAGCCGCCGCAGUACUACCAGGGUACGGACAACGGGGACGACGAGGAAGAGGAGAUGCCGGCCACGGAGAAGGACCUUGCUGAGGAUGCGCCCUGGAAGAAGAUCCAACAGAACACCUUCACCAGGUGGUGCAACGAGCACCUCAAGUGCCUCAACAAGCGGAUCAACGACCUACAGAAAGACCUGACCGACGGGCUCAAGCUCAUCGGUCUCCUGGAGGUUUUGAGCCAGAAGAAAAUGUACAGAAAGUACCACGCCAGACCUAACUUCAGACAGAUGAAACUGGAAAAUGUGUCCGUCGCGCUGGAAUUCCUGGAGAGAGAACACAUAAAGCUGGUAUCGAUAGGUAAGUGGUGUUUGCAUUUAGGACCUAUAUAGCGCAAUGAUUGGGUUUGUCGGAACAAAGUUGAUGCUUUGCCCGCUCUGUCUACGGUAGCCACUUUUGGGGAUACAGUUACUGGUUAGAGGGCGUAUUUGAGUCAGGGGAACGAGUCUGAGAUUGAUUUCUCCUCAAAAUGAAUAAAGCAUUUUUUGAGGUUAUACAAAAGUCAUGCGCAACGCAGCUUUUAUUUAUUAGAGUACAACUUAUUCCUGGUUGUGUUGUUGAUUGUUCCAUAUGGACAUGCUUAUUGUUCAGAGUUGUGUUUUCACUGUAUAUACUUCUUCAUAUCUGUUGUUGCAUGCGUUAUAAACAGUGCAUAACUGAAAUGUACUGUUCUUUUUGACGCAAAUUAUGCACGUCGUUGAUAUGUACUUCUGUGCGUAAAAGUCACCAGACAACGGCACGAUGUGUUCAGCACGCGUCAAUCAAGAAAUGUCCCCUUUCUGACUGCUUUCAGCUGGCUCCUGGAAACCGAUAGACUCUGUGUGUUAUUACUGUGUAACUUAUGCAUGGUCCAAAAGAACCGAUACUGCCAAUUGAGAGUCAUUACAAUCUCAGGUUUAACCAACUUGGCUGCUGUCAUUUGUUGUUCAUGAAAUGAAAUACUGAAUGAGUCAUUUGGAGCUUUCUCAUGGAAUGGAAUGUCUCCAAUUUGGUUUGGCAAUGGCUUUGUAGUUGCUUCUGAAUUAUGUAGUGAUUUAGCAUUUCUAUCACAUGUUCAAAUAUGUAGAAUAAAGAUGAUUGAGUAACAAGUAGUCUACAAAGCAUUUGUAUACAUCCGGCUAUUUGUAUAGACACUGAGGGUUCAUAGCUUUCACCUGGAUUUACCUGUUCAGUCUAUGUCAUGGAAAGAGCAGGUGUUCUUAAUGUUUUGUACACUCAGUGUACAUCACUCACAUAUUAUCUUAUCUGAUGACAUUACCCACCAGGUCUUAUAGAAUCAGUGCUCCAGGCUGUGGGAUAUGUUCUUGGAGAACGAAUAACAACAUGAGAGAGGCAGGGGCUCAGCUUGAUGGCCCUAACUGGAUCUAAUGUGGAUGAUGAUGAUGAUGCAACAACCACCAGGACAGACAGUAGUCUACUGUUAAGACUGGCCCUGUAGAGGGCUCCUCUGUUGCUGAGCCUUAUAACAGUGAUUUAGGAAUGCACCUUGUGGUCAGAGAAGAUGUGGUUCUAAGGAGAAUGGUCCUUGGCUGAGCGUUCUGCCUUGAAACUAAUCCAUGCUAUAAUAUGUAUUGUCAGAAUCUAAAACAUGUUCAUGAGAAAAGGCGGCACACCAAAGCAUCCCACCUUGCUGUCAACAUCUGUUGUGCUGAUGUGUUGUGGCUGUGUUGGCCAAGUCUUGAUAAGAGCAUGGCAACAGCCAUUCAUUCUGCCUAACAACAGCCAAACAGACUGCAAACAGGUUGGGCUACAAGAUGGGUUGGCAAGGUGGUGGCACACACACAGCAGUUGUUUCAGCAGUGCCUUAGGUGUGUUUGUGUUAGAUCUGUCCUUGUGUCAACUGUUUGAAGGUGUAAAGACCACCAAAGACUAUAAAAUACCUGAGGAUUGACAAGUCAGGUCCCAGCUAUUGGACCAUUCACCUAUUCUGAAGAGACACCAGUGGUACAUACCCCAGUUCCCACUCUGACCUUGGUUGUUUUCUUCUUUGUUUACUUUCUGUCACAUACAGUGACUUCAGACAGUAUUCGCACCCCUUGACUUUUUUGGGAUUAAAAUUGAUUUAAUUAUCAUUUUUUGUCAAUGAUCCACACACAAUACUCUGUAAUGUCAAAGUGGAAGAAGAAUUCAACAAGUUUUAUUUUUUAUUUAUGAAAAACAGUACAGUAAUAUAUCUUGAUUAGAUACAUAUUCAACCGCCGAAGUCAAUACAUGUUAGACUCACCUUUGGCAGCGACUACAGCUAUGUGUGUUUUUGGGUAAGUCUCUAAGAGCUUUGCAUACCUGGAUUGCACAAUAUUUGCCCAUUAUUCUUUAAAACAUUCUUCAAGCUCUGUCAAGUUGGUUGUUGAUCAUUGCUAGACAGCCAUUUUCAAGUCUUGCCAUACAUUUUCAAGGCGAUUUAAGUCAGAACUAUAACUAGGCCACUCAGGAACAUUCAAUGUCAUCUUGGUAAGCAACCCGUGUAGAUUUGGCCUUGUGUUUUAGGUCAUUGUCCUGCUGAAAGGUGAAUUUGUUUCCCAGUAUCUGUUGGAAAACAGACUGAGCCAGGUUUCCCUCUAGGAUUUUGCCUGUGCUUAGCUCUAUUCCAUUUAUUUUGAUCAUAAAAAACUCCCUAGUCCUUGCCGAUGACAAGCAUACCCAUAACAUGAUGCAGCAACAUGAUGCAGCAACCACCAUGCUUGAAGAGUAGUACUCAGUGAUGUGUUGUGUUGUAUUUUCCCCAAUCAUAAUGCUUUGUAUUCUAAAAGUUCAUUUCUUAGCCACAUCUUUUGCAUUAUUACUUUAGUGUCUUAUUGCAAACAGGAUGCAUGUUUUGGAAUAUUUUUAUUCUGUACAGGCUUUCUUCUUUUCACUCUGUCAUUUAAGUUAGUAUUGUGGAGUAACUACAAUGUUGUUGAUCCAUCCUCAGGACAAACUGAAACUGGGUCAGCUUUGAGGGGUUAUCCAGUCCAAUAUCUGUUAGGGCUACCCAGGAUGCAGUGUGAUAAAGUGGAAAAUGGGUCAACAGGUAGACAGAGUCAUUGGGGAGGGGCUGGACCAGGGUGGCUGAGUGACAUUGGUGAUAAGAGUGAUCCUUCCAGAAGGGCACCUGCCAUGGCGCUCUCUCUCAGUGGGGGGUGGAGGGGAGUGUUGGGUAACAGAAGAGCUGGAGAACACACACGCACACACUCGCUCUGUCUUUCUCCCUGACACACACAAUACACACACACUCAUGGAUGCCAGAGGGCAGGGAAGGAAGACUAGAGGGUGUGUGACUUGAAGAGUUGGAAGUCAAUGUGUGUCACAGAGUGUGACUUCAAGAGUUGGAAGUCAGUGUGUGUCACAGUGUGACUUGAAGAGUUGGAAGUCAGUGUGUGUCACAGAGUGUGACUUGGAGAGUUGGAAGUCAGUGUGUGUCACAGAGUGUGACUUAGAGAGUUGGAAGUCAGUCUGUGUCACAGAGUGUGACUUGGAGAGUUGGAAGUCACUGUGUGUCACAGAGUGUGACUUGAAGUGUUGGAAGUCAGUGUGUGUCACAGAGUAUGACUUGGAGAGUUGGAAGUCAGUGUGUGUCACAGGGUGUGACUUAGAGAGUUGGAAGUCAGUGUGUGUCACAGAGUGUGACUUGGAGAGUUGGAAGUCAGUCUGUGUCACGGAGUGUGACUUGAAGAGUUGGAAGUCAGUCUGUGUCACAGAGUGUGACUUGGAGAGUUGGAAGUCAGUGUGUGUCACAGAGUGUGACUUGGAGAGUUGGAAGUCAGUGUGUGUCACAGAGUAUGACUUGGAGAGUUGGAAGUCAGUGUGUGUCACAGGGUGUGACUUAGAGAGUUGGAAGUCAGUGUGUGUCACAGAGUGUGACUUGGAGAGUUGGAAGUCAGUGUGUGUCACAGAGUAUGACUUGGAGAGUUGGAAGUCAGUGUGUGUCACAGAGUGUGACUUAGAGAGUUGGAAGUCAGUCUGUGUCACAGAGUGUGACUUGGAGAGUUGGAAGUCACUGUGUGUCACAGAGUGUGACUUGAAGUGUUGGAAGUCAGUGUGUGUCACAGAGUAUGACUUGGAGAGUUGGAAGUCAGUGUGUGUCACAGGGUGUGACUUAGAGAGUUGGAAGUCAGUGUGUGUCACAGAGUGUGACUUGGAGAGUUGGAAGUCAGUCUGUGUCACAGAGUGUGACUUGAAGAGUUGGAAGUCAGUCUGUGUCACAGAGUGUGACUUGGAGAGUUGGAAGUCAGUGUGUGUCACAGAGUGUGACUUGGAGAGUUGGAAGUCAGUGUGUGUCACAGAGUAUGACUUGGAGAGUUGGAAGUCAGUGUGUGUCACAGGGUGUGACUUAGAGAGUUGGAAGUCAGUGUGUGUCACUAGAGUGUGACUUGGAGAGUUGGAAGUCAGUGUGUGUCACAGAGUGUGACUUAGAGAGUUGGAAGUCAGUCUGUGUCAUAGAGUGUGACUUGGAGAGUUGGAAGUCACUGUGUGUCACAGAGUGUGACUUGAAGUGUUGGAAGUCAGUGUGUGUCACAGAGUAUGACUUGGAGAGUUGGAAGUCAGUGUGUGUCACAGGGUGUGACUUAGAGAGUUGGAAGUCAGUGUGUGUCACAGAGUGUGACUUGGAGAGUUGGAAGUCAGUCUGUGUCACGGAGUGUGACUUGAAGAGUUGGAAGUCAGUCUGUGUCACAGAGUGUGACUUGGAGAGUUGGAAGUCAGUGUGUGUCACAGAGUGUGACUUGGAGAGUUGGAAGUCAGUGUGUGUCACAGAGUAUGACUUGGAGAGUUGGAAGUCAGUGUGUGUCACAGGGUGUGACUUAGAGAGUUGGAAGUCAGUGUGUGUCACUAGAGUGUGACUUGGAGAGUUGGAAGUCAGUGUGUGUCACAGAGUAUGACUUGGAGAGUUGGAAGUCAGUGUGUGUCACAGAGUGUGACUUAGAGAGUUGGAAGUCAGUCUGUGUCACAGAGUGUGACUUGGAGAGUUGGAAGUCACUGUGUGUCACAGAGUGUGACUUGAAGUGUUGGAAGUCAGUGUGUGUCACAGAGUAUGACUUGGAGAGUUGGAAGUCAGUGUGUGUCACAGGGUGUGACUUAGAGAGUUGGAAGUCAGUGUGUGUCACAGAGUGUGACUUGGAGAGUUGGAAGUCAGUCUGUGUCACAGAGUGUGACUUGAAGAGUUGGAAGUCAGUCUGUGUCACAGAGUGUGACUUGGAGAGUUGGAAGUCAGUGUGUGUCACAGAGUGUGACUUGGAGAGUUGGAAGUCAGUGUGUGUCACAGAGUAUGACUUGGAGAGUUGGAAGUCCGUGUGUGUCACAGGGUGUGACUUAGAGAGUUGGAAGUCAGUGUGUGUCACUAGAGUGUGACUUGGAGAGUUGGAAGUCAGUGUGUGUCACAGAGUGUGACUUAGAGAGUUGGAAGUCAGUCUGUGUCAUAGAGUGUGACUUGGAGAGUUGGAAGUCACUGUGUGUCACAGAGUGUGACUUGAAGUGUUGGAAGUCAGUGUGUGUCACAGAGUAUGACUUGGAGAGUUGGAAGUCAGUGUGUGUCACAGGGUGUGACUUAGAGAGUUGGAAGUCAGUGUGUGUCACAGAGUGUGACUUGGAGAGUUGGAAGUCAGUCUGUGUCACGGAGUGUGACUUGAAGAGUUGGAAGUCAGUCUGUGUCACAGAGUGUGACUUGGAGAGUUGGAAGUCAGUGUGUGUCACAGAGUGUGACUUGGAGAGUUGGAAGUCAGUGUGUGUCACAGAGUAUGACUUGGAGAGUUGGAAGUCAGUGUGUGUCACAGGGUGUGACUUAGAGAGUUGGAAGUCAGUGUGUGUCACUAGAGUGUGACUUGGAGAGUUGGAAGUCAGUGUGUGUCACAGAGUAUGACUUGGAGAGUUGGAAGUCCAGUAAGUACGGGAAAGGUUACUGCCACAGGAAAUUCAGACUGAUUACCCCCCCCCACCUUCACGUAUUACUACACCCCUAGUCCUAACCCCCAACUCACUGUCUUUCAAAUACACACAUACACACGCAAACACACCAAACACUGGACUGGUCCACCGACAAUGUGGAUGUGUGGUUGAUAUUAUGGUAAGCCCUGGCUCUGGUUGUCUGGUAGUCUGAUAGUCUGGAGGGGCAGUAAGGGGCCAGCCUGUCCCAGGUUAGCUUCACUCCUUUGGGAAAGGGGACGGCUGAUUGAUGGGCAGACAGCUGGGCUCUGGGGCUCUGGGCUCCCUCCACUAACAGGCGCCUAAAAUAGACCCACAUACAGCCCCAGAGUGGCACGGAGAGGGGAGAGAGGGGGCGGGGGAGAGGACUGUGAAUGUGGGGUUAGUUAAAAGAGAGGCGGCAGGGAAGUGGGGAGACUGAGAGGGGUUAGGAGAGAGGUUGUGGAGAGAGGGGGCCAGGAGAGCGGAGAGGGAAAUUAUGAGGGUAUGACAGGGCGAGCAUGCUAGGAAGAGGUGACUGAGACCUCUGGCACUGAGGAAGGUUUUAGGUGGGGGUCCUGAAGAGUUGGGUAUCCCUUUUCCAGGCACUAAGACACAGUAGUAUAUGACGUUAUGACUCAAACCAUCAUUUAAAUUAUGAUGUUAGAUGGACCUCCGCUUACUCAUAAAGUUAGAACCAACUAUGCUCUUUGAUGAAUGAGUACAUCUCUCUCUCUCUCUCUCUCUCUCUCUCUCUCUCUCUCUCUCUCUCUCUCUCUCUCUCUCUCUCUCUCUCUCUCUCCAUCCCCUCUCUCUGACUCAGUCCUGAUGAGAGAAACAGAGCAGUUGAGCGAGGCCCUCUGA